AUGCUAAAACCGAAACAACAGUCGUCUCGCAACCAAAGCUUCACAUUCAUCUCCCAGACGCCAUUCAAGAAAUCCAAAGAGAACCAAAGACUCGUUAGAAGUCGUGCACGCUCUAACUCAGCUCGAAAAGAUCAAAUCCAGGCCAAAUCAUGGAUCUUAAACCAAAAGGAAACACGCAUGACGUUGCAGGUUCCUGAUGGAACUAUACCAGGUCGCGUGGGGACAAACUUCUCUUUACUUGAUUUUCCCGAGCCACUGCAGCCAUAUAUGGAAAAUGACAUCUUUCAAUUUGACCAGGUAUACUUCCACUCCAUAAUGUUCUCGGUAGAAGCAUACUUUGACAUGCUUCUUGGACGAGACUAUGGCAGUCUUGCACACUUUCACUUUUUGAAAACGCUCAGGCUUCUUCAGGCAAGAAUAAAUAAUCCUGCAGACCCAACUUCUAUUUCAGAUGCUACCAUCAUGGUAGUUGUUAUUCUGGGUCUGGCAGCUGAGAUGAUAGGUGAUCGGACAGCGGCUGAAAAUCAUGCUGCUGGUAUGUCGAGGAUAGUGGAUUUAAGGGGUGGACUUGAGAUGUUGAGGUUUGAUAAUCCCAGAUUGCCGGCCAAGGUUUGCAGAGUCGAUAUUGGCCUAGCCCUUCGCUUCGGCUGCAAGCCUGUAUUCUUCAACAAAGACAUAUCCUGGAAUCCAUACCUUCCAAGCCAACAUUUACUCCGCCAUAAAAAGAAUCAUCCAGAUACGAACCACAAUAUGCAAGCAUUUUUAAAAACUCUUGAUCCUAGAUUAUCAAACGUAUGGAAAGAUCUCGAAGAAUUUGCAAAGCUCAGCAACAUCGCCAGCCAAACUGGUCGAAAACUUCAACCCAAUAUUUUUAGCGAAGUCAUGGUAUCGAUUCUCUACCGCCUACUCGCUCUGUCUCCCGAAUCACCUUCAGAAAACGCUUUUCGACUCGGAAUGAUGACGUUCGCUGCAAGUAUAUUCUUUCGAUGGAGGGAUAUGAAGCAACGACAAGCAUAUCUGGAUGAGUCCUUCAGGGAUGCUUUAAUGGAUUUGAAGAAGGCUGCGACUCGGCCGCCUGAUACUGUUCUUCUGUGGCUUCUGGUGAUUUGGAGAACAAGCUCUUCUCAAGUUGGCGGCGAUGAAGCCAUUGAGGAGUGGCUAUUGGAAGUCAUGGGUGGCUUGGGGAUAUGUUCAUGGCCAGAACUGCACAAGGCCUUGAAGUCUGUUCUCUGGAUAGAUUGUUUGUUCGAUACAUCGAGCAAACGAAUUCUUGAGCCUAUACUAAAGAAGGUUGGUAAAAAGGGCGUAGAGGUUGAUUUAUGA